AUGCCUGGCAGCGCAGACUGCUCUAGCGACAAGGCGGGGACAGAGCGGGAGGAGCACAUGAGCUGCCCGGAGACUGAGAGGAGCGGAGACGAGGAGGAUGAUGAUGAGAUCCAGGAGGUGCAGAUCACCGGGGAGGAGGAGGGGGAGUACGGGGAGGAUGUCGAGCUGGAAUGGGAGGCAGAGUGUGUGGACCCCGGCAGCUGCUCCGCUAUGGAGACAGAAGCGGUCCUUAUGCGCAGUAAGGACCAGUGCAGCGGGUUGGGACCGGGAGCGGACCCCGGACUAGACUCGGAUCCGGAGGGAGACCUGCAGCGGUCUGACCGCUCCAGACUGAGCGAGAACACUCGCCUGGCUACUAGGUACGCAGUCCGGAUCUUCCGGGAGUACCUGAGUGAGAAAGCCCAAAGUCCUGACUUUGAAACUCUGGACAAGGAGGCGCUGUGCGCGGUCCUGCGGUCCUUCUACGCGGAGGCGCGCUCGAAGAGCGGUCAGCUCUACAGCAAGUCCUCUCUUAUCAGCAUCCGGAGUUCUCUGAACCGCUACCUGAAUGAGCCGCCCUACUGUCGCACUCUGGACCUCACCAAGGACCCAGAACUGCGCAGCGCCAACCUGACCCUGGCUGCGGUCAUAAGAAAGCUGGAGGAGCAAGGAGCCGGUCCCGUGGUGCAGAAACAGGCUAUUACGCGGGCGGACCUGAGAAAACUCUACACCUCCAGUGUGUUUAACACCGAUACGCCGUUCGGGCUUCUCAACAAAGUGUGGUUCGAGACAUGCAUGUAUUUCUGCACGAGGGGGAGAGAGAAUCAGCGCGAGCUGGAGGAGGAUUCAUUCGGGCUGGCCAUAGACGAGGAUGGGAGAAAGUUCAUCUAUUUCAAAGCGCUGGGGCCAUAUCACAAGUCUCGCUCAGCGUCCUGGACUAAAAAAAGACCAGACACGGAUGACGAUACUCUGCCGCGCAUGUAUGAGACGGCCACGGAGUUUUGCCCAUAUGCCAGCUUUGUGAAGUAUGUCUCGAAACGGAACCCGCUGUGCAAAGCGUUCUUCCAGCGCCCGCGAGACCACUGCUGCGUAAGCGACAUGACAUGGUACGAGAACAAAGCAAUCGGUAAAAACCUGCUGGGCACGAGGAUGCAGAUGCUGUCGCGUGCUGCCAAGCUUUCAAAGACCUACACCAACCACUGCAUCGGCGCCGUCUCCAUAGCAACGCUCAACAGCAUCGCCGGUAUCGGGUCAAAGUCAGUGUUGCUUCACGUUGCCUCGGAAACUGUCAAUGGUGGCGCGCAGUCUCAUCUCCAGCUCGUGAUCCCAUAUAUCCGACAGGUCACGGACGCAGUGGAACUGAAGCCGCAGAGAACGACAAGGAAAGUUCGUUCUCUCUGCCCUGGCGACGUCUCUGAACCUCCCUCACCUAAGAAGCUCUGUGUGCGCGGAGAGGCCCCGGUGGUCAUAGUGGACGGUAACGAGCCCGUGGACACCCGAACCCCUGAGCCCCACGGUCAGCUACCCGCCCCUUUACCGGCUGGCGUGGUAGCAGCGCAGGUAACACAGUUUCACACACUGCACCAACAUAGGUUUUGAAUUGAUCAGCAGUCUUCUAAAUUUAAUGUAGGAUAACUUUACUAGUCUCCAAAGCAUCUACAGAUUAUGCAUACAUUUAAUGAUUUACAUAAUUUUCCAUUUACUGUGAAAGUAUUGACCUGUAGGAUGUGUGUUUGUACUGUUUAGGAGUGAGUUCUGUCAUUGGGUGUUCUAGGUGCUUUAGUAAAGAGGUCAUGAACAUUGUGUUAGCAUACCAAAUGGCACCCUAUUCCCUAUAUAGUGCACCUUUUUUUUUUACCAGAGCCCUAUGGACCCUGGUCAAAAGCAGAGGUUAGGGUGCCAUUUGGGACUAGCCUGUGAGUGCAGAGGAGAGGACACAUGAGUGAGUUCUCUCUGGGACUUCGUCUGUUGCUAUGGGUGAUGGUGCCCCAGGCCCACAGUUACCCACCAUGCACCACAGUGGAGCCCGCAGGGGAAGAGCCAGAGCGUGCAAACACACACACAUACUUCUCUUAUACCCAUUUGCCUAAAGCUCACAUUUUCCUGAGACACAGGCACUAUAAUGAACAAUAGUAUGGCAGGCUGUCUCAAGCCUCUUUCCCCUAAUGACAAAAAAAUAGUGUUUGUGUGUGUGUGAGAGAGAGUGUGUGUGAAUGUGCAUGCGUGCAUGAGUGAGUGUGUUUGUGUUUGUGUAUCCAGUCUCUUAUGAGUUUAAUGUUUUUGAGCCGUUCCUCUCAGAAGAGCCUGCCUGUCGUGACCCUGGAGAGAUGCACGUCUGCUGCAGCACUAACAGCUCUGCUCAUCAGUUUUCUGCUUUAUCAGCUAUACAUCUAUCUCCCUCCAUCUCUGUGCAUCUAUCUCACUAUUUACUGUUUUCUCAGCUUUAAGAGGCAGACUCUGCCUUCGGCCAAGGCUGUCUUUCUCCCUCACUGCACUUACCACAGUGAAUGCUGACCAGUAGCAUUUCCAAGGUGUUUCAAACCUUCCUCUCUACAGUAAUGUCCUCACCUGUCUCACACAUCACCUGUAUAGCAGAGCAGAGGAGGAGACACGACUCAUAUCUGUCUCUGAGUUUCUUUAACGACACUCAGCCUGCUCCACUGUCCUUAGUUAGCCCUGAUACACAGACACCGAAAGGGGCAAAACCACUCUUCAUCAUGUAGUUCAGUGCAUCAUGAGUUAAUUGUGCUCAAAGCGUUGACGGAGUAUGAAUGAAGUCCCAGUCUACAACUCUUUAAUAGUGUCCUUUCUCUACUUAGUCACUCAGGGAAUUACUGUGUGAUGCCUUGUGUGUUCACUGAUGUACAGUAUCUGUGACAGAUUUCCGUUGGACAUUUGUGUUUCUUCUUCUUCUUGUCUCCCAGGAUAGCCGUAGUAGCAGCAUGGCCAGCCGGCCGCUGGUCUCCCAGUCCCCUGCCUCUCCACUGGGCUCAGGGGGUAUAGGGGGCAUCCCCACCCCCGCCCAGCUCACCAAAACCAACGCCCCUGUACACAUAGACGUAGGAGGUCACAUGUACACCAGCAGCCUGGCUACACUCACCAAAUACCCAGAGUCACGGUAAGACUCGCACACACAUAUCGUGUUUGAGAUUGACUACAUUGAAGUGGAAUGCAGUCACUGAUCUACAAAUGACCUUGCAUCCCAAAUAACUACUCAUUAUGUGAUCAAGAUUAGCAAUUCUACGCCUCACCUUGCUCAAACUGAUCCCCUAAAACAUGAACAUGCACACUCUGAUGACGAUCACAUUGAUGAUGAUGAUGAUGAUAUUCCCUUCCCCCCAGGAUUGGUCGUCUGUUCAACGGGACAGAGCCCAUAGUGUUGGACAGUCUGAAGCAGCACUACUUCAUAGAUCGAGACGGUCACAUGUUCCGCUACAUCCUCAACUUCCUGCGGACGGCCAAACUGCUCCUCCCUGACGACUUCAAAGUGAGUUUCUCUGACCCUGCACUCAGGCCUGGAAAACCUUGUAUGUAAUUGCACACUUAUAACAUAAAGUGUGAAACUUUAUGGGAUACAUUUUCUUUUUAAGAAUCAGAUGAUCAUUGUGUUUGUGUGUGUCUGUGUACAUUUGUUUGUGUAUAUAUAUAUAUAUGUGUGUGUGUGUGUGUGUGUGUGUGUUACAGGAGUACUCUUUACUCUAUGAGGAGGCCAGGUUCUUCCAGCUAUCCCCACUACAAGCAGAAUUAGAACGCUGGAGGAGUGAGCUUGAGGCCAGGUGUGUGUGGCGUGUGUGUGAGUGUGUGGUGGUACGUGUAGCUCCAGAGCUGGGGGAGAGGAUCACUCUGAGUGGGGACAGGGCUCUGAUCGAGGAGGUGUUUCCAGAGGUUGGGGACGUCAUGUGUAACUCCCUGAACGCAGGCUGGAAUCAUGACUCUACUCACGUCAUACGCUUCCCACUCAACGGAUACUGUCACCUCAACUCUGUACAGGUAACAUGACAGACACUACCCGUACAAUACCACUGCUUAGAAUAACUAUGAAAAUACCCUACAACAACCCAAUAUACUAAGUUAACAGAUAACGUCCCCUCAACUCACAACAGAUAAGGUCACAUCAUCUCACAACAGAUAAGGUCACCUCAACUCAACUCAUAACAUCACAUUAACCCACCUCAACUCUGUGUAGGUAACCUUAACUCUGUACAGGUAACAUCCCACUAACUAGUACCCAUGGCACAAGCAUAGUAUAACCUCAAAUAACCUCAGAGGGCCAGACCAGCCAGAGAAAGAGAGACUAAUCCUGUUUAGAUAUGAAACGUGGCCAUCAGCUACUGGGUCUGCUGGAAUGAUAUGAAGGAGCGACAGCCAAAGAGAGAGGGAGCGAGAGAGAGACAGACAGAGAGAGAAACAGAGACAGAGUGAAAGCCAAUUUAUGCUUGCUCCGGAAUGUGAUCCGGAGGCUCAGUACGGAGGGUUUGACGCAAUUGCGGCGCCUCCGGAGGCUUGCGGAGGCCAAAUCGGCUCCGUACCGCAUCGCCAUGCGUCUCCCAAAUGUUGUAACAAUGCGGAGGGCUCCAUAUACACUAUAUAUACAAAAGUAUUUGAACACCCCUUCAAAUAAGUGGAUUCGGCUAUUUCAGCCACACCCGUUGCUGACAGAUGUAUAAAAUCGAGCACACAUCCAUGCAAUCUCCAUAGACAAACAUUGGCAGGAGAAUGGCCUUACUGAAGAGCUCAGUGACUUUCAACGUGGCACCGCCAUAGGAUACCACCUUUCCAACAAGUAAGUUAGUCAAAUUUCUUCCCUGCUAGAGCUACCCCGGUCAACUGUAAGUGCUGUUAUUGUGAAGUGGAAAUGUCUAGGAGCAACAACGGCUCAGCCGCGAAGUGGUAGGCCACAUAAGCUCAUAGAACGGGACCGCAGAGUGCUGAAGCGCGUAAAAAUCGUCUGUCCUCACUACCGAGUUCCAAACUGCCUCUGGAAGCAACGACAGCACUAGAACUGUUAGUCGGGAGCUUCAUGAAAUGGGUUUCCAUGGCCGAGCAGCCGCACACAAACCUAAGAUCACCAUACGCAAUGCCAAGCGUCGGCUGGAGUGGUGUAAAGCUCGCUGCCAUUGGACUCCGGAGCAGUGGAAAUGCUUUCUCUGGAGUGAUGAAUCACGUUUCACCAUCUGGCAGUCCGACGGGCGAAUCUGAGUUUGGCGGAUGCCAGGAGAACGCUACCUGCCCGAAUGCAUAGUGCCAACUGUAAAGUUUGGUGGAGGAGGAAUAAUGGUCUGGGGCUGUUUUUCGGGCUAGGCCCCUUAGUUCCAGUGAAGGGAAAUCUUAACGCUACAGCAUACAAUUACAUUCUAGACGAUUCUGUGCCUCCAACUUUGUGGCAACAGUUUGGGGAAGGCCCUUUCCUGUUUCAGCAUGACAAUGCCCCUGUGCACAAAGCGAGGUCCAUACAGAAAUGGUUUGUCGAGAUCGGUGUGGAAGAACUUGACUGGCCUGCACAGAGCCCUGACCCCAACCCCAUCGAACACCUUUGGAUGAAUUGGAACACCGACUGCGAGCCAGGCCUAAUCGCCCAACAUCAGUGCCCGACCUCACUAAUGCUCGUGGCAAUAGUCCCCGCAGCAAUAUUCCAACAUCUAGUGGAAAGCCUUCCCAGAAGAGUGGAGACUGCUAUAGCAGCAAAGAGGGGACCAACUCCAUGUUAAUACCCAUGAUUUUGGAAUGAGAUGUUCGACAAGCAGGUGUCCACAUACUUUUGGUCAUGUAGUGUAGCUCCAUAUAGCGCCGCAUUGACAUGAUUUAUUGAUGGUAGGUGGGGCGGGAGGUCCUGUAUAAACACAAACUCACUUCCUUGAAAACUUCCUUUACAACAGCUCUGCUCUGCCACAUCGCACUAAAUGCUGUACGGCCACUGCAGACGUCGGAUUGACCAUGCAGAGCCUUUAAGGCAGAGAGAGAGAGAGUGGGAUGGAGGCAGACAGCGGUUUCUAAUUUAGCCCACUGCCUGCAACAAACAGAAAGAGAGGAGAGGGUGACAGAGCGAGAGAGCGAGGGAGGCAGGCAGACAGAGGAACAGAUGCCAUCUUGCAGCUAUCGAGAGAAUGUCUGCAUACAAAAUGUCACCCUAUUCCCUAUUUAGUGCACUACUUUUGACUACGGCCCAUAGUGCACUACAUAGGGAAUAUGGUGCCAUUUGGGACGCACAUAAUAUUACACUAGAAAAAGGGUUUGCGCCUCUGUCUGCAUAUGUCAGUCCGUGUUUGUAUGUGUGAGUUGUCGUGAGAGAGGGGAUCCUCCUAUCUGUCACUGUGUUUUUAGGUCAGGGAAGGACAGAGUGAGAUGGCUGGCUCUUCUUUAGUCAGACUGAGUCUUGCUAAAGAGAGAGAGAUGAGUGAACUUGGGCCAUAUGGGCACUGUCUGUGCUAUUGUUAGUAGCACAUGUUGGUUCUCUUCCACAAACUGGAGUCCUGGAUGACUGUGGUAUGACUCGACCCUGAAUCAGCCCCUCUCUGAAAUCACUUCCCUGCCCCUCGGUCAACUGACCUUCCAUACAUACUGUAUCAGACCACCAAUUACCUGAUUCAUCCUCCAUUCUAUUUUUGGUAAACCUAAAUAAUUGUUGUGAAUGAGAUUAAAACUUGAGAUCUGAGUCUGUGCGUCUACCUGAGUGGUUAUUCUGACCACAAGUGUAUGUACGGUGUCUGUAUUGCAUGUGUGUGUUGUGUCUAUAAUGUGUGUGUAUGUGUUUGAUUGACAGGUGUUGGAGAGGUUGCAGCAGAGAGGGUUCGUGAUAGCAGGGGCGUGUGGCGGGGGAGUAGACUCCUCCCAGUUCAGCGAGUACGUCCUACGCAGGGAGGGAAGAAGCAACGGACAGCGUGGCCCUACCCUCAUCCACAUCAAACAGGAAGCACUGGACUAA